AUGGUGGCCGCAAAAAAGACAAAAAAGUCACUGGAGUCAAUCAACUCUCAGCUCCAAUUUGUUCUGAAAAGUGGUAAGUACGUCCUGGGAUACAAGCAGACUCUUAAGAUGGUCAGACUGGGCAAAGCAAAGUUGGUCAUCCUCAUCAACAACUGCCCAGCUUUGAGGAAAUCUGAAAUAGAGUACUAUGCCAUGUUGGCCAAAACUGGUGUCCCUCACUACAGUGGAAAUAUUGAAUUGGGCACAGCAGGUGGAAAAUACUACAGAACAUGCACACUACCUAUCAUUGAUAUAGGUGAUUCCGAUAUCAUCAGAAGUAUGCCCAAACAGACUGGAGAAAAGUAA